AUGAUCCUUGUCGCUCACUCAGACACAGAGCUUCAGACCCUCCGUGGGAGAGAGGAUGUCAGUUUAGUGGCUAGGCUCGGUUUUUUCGAUAGCAACCGCGAUACUUUUGUGUUGCAUUGCGUAGCUACGAAUAAGGAAGAGUGGAUCGGUGAAGGAGCUACUAUUUACUUGCUUCCGCCAUGUGCAUUCAGCGAUUCUUCAAGCUUUACUCACUCGACUGGUGACCCCGAAACACUCGAUUUAGCGAAGUCAUGGUUCAAUGAAUGUUGCGAGUCUCAUGACUCCUGCGAAGUUCGACAACCCAAGAGCUAUCCCGCUUGCCUCCUCCAUAUCAGAGGAGAGGAUGAUUCUAUUCGCCUCGUCCCCACCUCAGACUUAUUGCCCAAUUACCCCCGAUACGCUACUUUAAGUCACUGUUGGGGGACGGCGCGUCAUCUUAUGUUGUUAUGCAGCAAUAAGAACGAUUUCUUGCGCAAUAUACCGAAGGCUCAGCUUCCCAAGACUUACCGAGAUGCCAUUAUGGUAGCUCGAUAUUUUGGCAUCGAAUACUUAUGGAUUGAUUCGCUGUGUAUCGUCCAGGACGAUACAGAUGAUUGGCUACGAGAGUCCGUCAAGAUGGCUGACGUGUACGGUUGCUCGAGUCUUAAUAUAGCAGCUACGGGCGCUCGUGACGGCACCGUCGGUUGCUUUUUCGAGCGAGACGAACGGCUUAUUCGGCAGCUUCCUAGAGUCCGCGUUCGACUUAUCCAUAAAGGAAACGCACCAAUAACCAAUGGUAAUAGUGAUGAUGAUGCUGAUGACACUACUAAAAAUUACUUGGUCGAUAUCGUUAGUUCAGACAUUUACAAUCGCGGCAUCGAGGAGUCACCGCUCGUAUCCCGCGCGUGGUGUUUCCAGGAGCGGUUCCUUGCUCCUCGGACCUUGCACUUUGCUGAGCCGCAGAUAUUUUGGGAGUGUCAGGCGAUGAGCCGCUGUGAAACGUUUCCAAACGGUGUGCCGUCUCAAUACCACCCGAGGAACCUUCGUCCAAUCGUAGAAGUAACGACAGCUCCUAAUCGGGCACACGAUGUAGCACUAAGAUCCGCUAUGCGGGGUUUCUGGAACCCCCGGUUGCCUUACGAGUUCUUGCUCUCUAUGGAGCACGGGGAAAGGAAUUCCAUCUCGACCCUCGCAGAGAUAUGGGCUCAGUGCGUCUCAAUGUACUCUCGGACCAAGUUGACGCGCCAGUCUGAUAAACUCGUGGCUAUCUCUGGUGUGGCACGCUGGAUCCAUGAGCAGGAGGUAUCUCUCCGUAUCAACAAGUCUAGCUGGAAUGAGCCGAAAGGAGAUGAGUACUUGGCGGGGUUAUGGCGUAAGAACAUAGAAACGCAACUACUAUGGUAUGUAAUACGCCCGAAUACGAAAGCGGAUGAUGAAUAUCGCCGCGCUAGGCCUGGGGAGUACCUCGCGCCCUCUUGGUCGUGGGCUUCUACGAACGAUCCCGUUGAGUAUGGCGUCGCGUUCGAUGUUGAAGCUGGCGACGGCGAUCCGUCUUGCCGCUGGGAUAGACUCGUCACUGUUCUGAAGGCUGAGACGAAACUUAUCAGCAAGAAGGACGGUACCUACGGAAACGUUACUGGAGGGAUCUUGCAUGUUGCAUUUGACAGCAUUUAUACAGAUAGCAUCCAGAUUCGUAACGAAAUGGCGGACGAUGAUGAAGAUGAAAACCACCGUGUAUUUCUUACCGGUGAUCUCGUGCUGCGAUAG